AAUUAAUAAGUAUUACUUGUAAUUUAUGUUUUACAUUGAAAUAAUGCAGUUAGUUGUUGUAUUAAUAAUAUAGUUUUUAAUCUAUAAACAUGAACCGCACAAAGUUAUUGUGUUUUAAUAGAAUAUUAAUUAAUGAAAAUGGUAAUUAUACAUUAAAUAAUGUCCUUUUAAGAACAUUUGCUUUUAAAAGUGAUUUAAAAAUAAAAUGGGUUCGUCCAGAAAAAAUUCCUUGCCAUAAACCUGAAAAAAGUGGAGAUCUAGAAGGGAUUCCGAAGAUAGAUAAGAGGCAAUUGAUAUUAGAUUUUAACAAUUCAAAGGAACUAAAAACUGCUGAUGAUAAUGUUAGAAAACUAUUUAUGUUAGAAUUUGCACCAAGAAAAUAUACAAAUAGAUAUAUUAUUCAUAAAAUAGUGGAUAAAGUUAGGCGUCAUGAGUUUGACGUGGGUUCUGCAGAAGUAAAAAUAGCAAAAUGGACAGGUAUAAUAAGAGCAUUGCAAGAGGUACUUGAAGAGUUUCCUAGAAACAAGAAGUUGAAAGUUAACUUAAAAGAAUUAAUUGAUCAAAGAAAGAAGCAUUUAAAGUAUUUAAGACGAUGGGAUUAUAAAAAAUUUGAAUGGUUACUUGAAAAUUUAAAUAUUAUAUACAAACCUACUCCUACUAAUAUUCAUCCAGUCACAAGAAAAGAUUCGUUACGAAAAUUAACCCAAAUAUAUUGCGAUGAUAUAAAAGAAAAAAGGCUUGAUGCUUACAAAUUAAAAUUAGAAAGCGAACAGCCAGCAUUUUUGGAAGAAAAAAUACGGGCAUUACAAUUUAUAAGGGAUGAACAAAUGGAAUGUGGUAUAGAAGUUACAGUAACACAAAAAGAAAUUGAUGAUGUCAAGGAACAGUUAAAACAAUUAAAUAAUUUGAGCAGAAAGAACAAUGAUUAAUUAAGUGGAUAAUUUUAGUUGUGUAUUCUACAAAGUUGCGCUUAAUUUUAAAUACGGAAAAGUCUGUGUAGCUAAAACUUCAAUAAUAUAAAAAUGUCUCGGCGCAGAUUUUAUA